AUAAUUAACUUUAUGCUUUAUUGAAUAGUCUUCACGGAAGUGGAGUUAGUAAAACUUUGUGCUCCGGUCUCUGUUUAAGUUUUUGGCGUCUUUUUUCCAACGGAGAAUCGUCAAAACAGCUUACGAGGUUUUGAUUAUUUCUACGGUUUCACAAAGAUGUGAAUUUGUCUCUCUUUCUCUCUGUCUUUUCCAUUUUGAUGUUGUACUGGAGGAAGCUGGUGAGUCUUUUAACCGAGUAUUUAUUGCCGACCAAACCUCAGACAACAACAAAAGGAAGGUCUCUGAUACAUUCUUAGCUUUCCUUUAACAAAAAAAAAAGAUUUGUAGAUUUUUCUCUCCUGGUUCUCUGUGUGUUUCAAAUGGGUCUGUGUAGUUCGAAAAUAAAUAAGACCACGAGGAACGGAAUUGAGACAACAAGCGCCGCCACCACCACGGUGGAGAGACAAGGCUCAGGGCGGCAACGGAGGGAGAAAGAUUUAAUCAGCGGCGGCGAAAUCAAUGAGGCUGAGCAGUUGGUGGGUCGGCUUGUUGGUAAUGGUUCAAGCGAACUUGCUUGUCUUUAUACACAACAAGGCAGCAAAGGAACUAACCAAGACGCCAUGCUUGUCUGGGAGAAUUUCUGUUCAAGAAGCGAUACAGUGCUAUGUGGUGUAUUCGAUGGACAUGGUCCGUUUGGUCAUAUGGUUGCAAAGAGAGUCCGAGAUAUGUUACCUUUCACUUUAUCAACCCAAUUGAAAAAGACUUUAGGGAUGGACUCCACGAGCGUCAUCAACUCUGCUACUUGCAUAGAUGAAGAGCAAUGGUGUGAGAAAGAAGACAAGCUACCACUCCCCGAAAUGUAUCUCCCUCUGAAACGGGCGUUGCUCAAGACUUGUCAACAGAUGGAUAAAGAGUUAAAAAUGCAUCCAACCAUCAACUGUUUCUGCAGCGGAACAACUUCUGUUACCGUCAUCAAACAGGGUAAGCAUCUGGUGGUGGGGAAUAUUGGUGACUCGAGAGCUGUUCUUGCGACAAGAGACGAUGACAAUGCUCUCAUCGCUGUACAAUUAACCAUAGACUUAAAACCAGACUUGCCAAGUGAAUCUGCAAGAAUCCAGAAAUGUAAAGGUAGAGUGUUUGCCUUACAAGAUGAGCCUGAGGUUGCACGUGUGUGGUUACCAAACAGCGAUUCGCCUGGUCUGGCAAUGGCUCGAGCUUUUGGAGACUUCUGUCUUAAAGAUUAUGGUUUAAUCUCUGUUCCUGAUAUCAACUACCGCCGCCUCACUGAGAGAGAUCAGUUCAUUAUUCUAGCCACUGAUGGGGUGUGGGAUGUUUUGUCGAACAAAGAAGCUGUCGAUAUUGUGGCUUCAGCUCCUAGUAGACACACUGCAGCUCGUGCUUUAGUAUGCACAGCUGUUCGAGCGUGGAGGCUCAAGUAUCCUACUUCCAAGAACGAUGACUGCGCUGUAGUAUGUCUCUUUCUUGAAGAUUCAGCAUCCAUGGAAGUUUUAGAAACCGUUGUUCAUUCAGGCAAAGAGUCUAUAGAGAGUGUUAAUAUCACUUCAAGCAAAGAUGGUGAGAAGAAAGAAGAGGCUUUAGCAGAGACCGAUGAGAUUGUACCAGUUUUGGAGAGGAAGGAAGCAAAAACGACUGAGAGUUGCAGGACUGAGUCCAAGAAGACAACACUUGCCGAAUGUAUAUCUGUCAAGGAUGAUGAAGAGUGGUCGGCGUUGGAAGGCUUGACUAGAGUUAAUAGUCUGUUGAGCAUUCCUAGGUUCUUCUCUGGUGAGCUCAGAUCAGGUAGCUGGAGAAAAUGGUUGUGAAUCAAACAAAACAAUCACUGAUUUUCAUUUCAUGAUUGGUUUCCUUUCCAAUGAUGACAUAAAAAUCAGUGUUUACAAAUGUCACAAAAUGUUCAUUGUUUC